AUGGCUGACGACUCAACGGAUCAGCUGGAUAUUCCAGCUGAUAUUACUGUUGCGGAAGCCUCUACCGCACCAGGUCCCCGCAGACUCCCCAAGAAACGAACUAAGACCGGCUGUUUGACUUGUCGAAAACGCCGGAUCAAGUGCGGCGAAGAGAAGCCAAUAUGCACCAACUGCGUGAAAUCCAAGCGAAUCUGCGAGGGAUAUGCUCAGCGGGUUGUGUUCAAGAACCCCAUAGGCAUCUUCGGGUCCUUCAGUACUGGCCACGGCCAGGAUCAACAAAUAGAGCAACAACAUAUGAGGGUGCCGAUUCAUAAUGACUAUGGCUCUCAGCUCCCUCCCCAACAAGCAGCAGCCGCUGCUCAGCAUCCAAUGCUAGCUCCACGACCUGUUGAUCCGGUGGCGAUGGGAUAUCACUCAUUCCCGUCCCAGAUUCCUUCGUCGACUCAAACACUACCGAUUGAUGCACCUCGCUUCUAUUAUCCAGCAGCUCAAGUGCAGCCACAACCCUAUAUGUGGCACAAUCGGCCGAUAGCUCAAACAGAGAGCCCGCUGGUUCCGCCAAAAGUAACUAUCUCCUCACAAGCACAGCAAUCAGUUCAAUUGCAUCAGACGAGCACUCUAUAUAGGCCCCUUGCAAGCGUUCAAAAUGUACCCCAGAUUGUUAGUCCGAUCGGUCAGACUGCUGAAGAAUACGCCUUCAAUCUCUCUACUGUGCCAGCUUUCAAUCCAAUGUCGGGAAGCAGAGAAAGCGAUAUGAACCCUGUUCCUCAGAUGACCCAGCCGCUGCCGACGAUAUAUCAUUAUCAGGCAUCGCCAGGGCAAUUACCGCAGCAAUUCCGACCUCAGAAGCAGUUUAUACCCAAUCAGAUACCCCAUCAACCACAAGUGAUAUACAUGGAUGAUGAAAGCGAGGAUUAUUACGACGUGGACUCGGACGAUGAUAUGGUGGAUCAAUCGCGGGCCGAAGGCUUCAACCAGUUGAGUCUCAUCAUGGCCUCUGCUAACAGCGACGAGCGACAACUCCGCUCCUUCACGACGUACUUGAACGAGCCAAAUGUGCUCGCCUCAUAUCGUCCCACACUUGGCUCUUCUCCUCUGAACAACCCAAAAACCGCCCGUAUCUUCGCUCACUUCAUUCACUCGACUGGUCCAUCAUUGUCUAUAUUCGAACGACAUCCUACUGACUCAUCAAUCAUUCUGGGGGCGCCUGUCCCAUCUGCACAGCAGGGUCUAUGGGUCUAUACGCUUGCCCUCAAGGCUUUGGAGCAUCCAGCCCUGCUCCAGGCAAUACUUGCUAUCAGCAGCUUACACAUUGCAUAUUUACAACAAGUUCCCACGACAGUAUCUUUAAAGCACUACCACUACGCUCUGAAACGAGUGGGUACUGCUGUUGGCCUCCCCCUUCGACGCAAGCAAGCUGGUACCUUGGCUGCCACUCUUUUACUGGGCUACUACGAGGUGAUAUCUGCCGACCACUCAAAAUGGAAUAACCACCUUAGUGGGUCCACUCAUCUGAUCCGGGAGAUUGACUUUGCCAAGACCACCAGAGACCUACGGGCCCAUCGACGUAGGAUUCACGAGCAGCGACGCCAGUCAGGCUGGUCAGGCUCAUGGUGGGGGAUGCCUGAUGAUGUCUCUGAGGAUGAUCCUUUCUCUGAGAAGGAGGAUAGCGUCGAUGAAAAUCUCAUAGGUGCCAUUAUGGGACAAGCAGUCAGUUACGACGAUUUUGGAUCCAUCAAUGAGGAGAGUACGAUACCCUCCAAAAAGCAUUUUACCCGCAAGGACAUUGAGGUUUUCCGGAUUCAAUGCGACCUAUACUGGUGGUAUGUAAAGCAAGAUGCACUCCAGAGUUUUAUCGGUGGAAACAAACUUUUAACGCCUUACUCUCAAUUGGGUCAGUGUCCGCCUCGAGCAGGCAUUGGCCGUUUGGAUGCCAUAUAUGGUUCUGCAGAUCAUCUGUGGCUGCUGCUCGCUCGGGUCACAGAUUUUGGUUUCCGUGAUCGUAAGCGAAAACUGAGAACUCUGAAGGCAGGCGGGGUGGACUGGAGGCCCAGUCCUGAGAUAUUCAAAUUCAUGGGUCGGUUCGCUGGCGGCCCUCCUGGCCAAAGACCUGAGCCAUCUGGGCCACCUGGACCACCUGGUGGCUUCGGUCCGGGGGGUUCCCCUGGCCCUCCCUCUGGCAUGCCUAACAUGCAGCCCAAAGGAGAAAACAGGACCCCUUUCACGUCAGGGCCUACUAAGUUGCCUCCUUCUUCUAGCCCUGGGCCGACCUCGGCCGAAAGUCCCCCCAUGUAUGGAAUGAUACCCCCUCAACCACCUGCGCGUCUUCCCUCGGGUUUCCAAGAUAGACCGCGUGAUCCUCGUUUAUCCCCAGACGAGGAUGACCCGGCUCAUGAUAUGAGUUACAGGGAAGCCGAAGAAAAAUGGGAAGAGAUCCUGGUCGCGAUGGAAAUAUUCUCGCAAGCGCUGGGCCGUGAUUUCCAGCCUUUGCCAGCAGAUGUCGCGCCCCCAGUCUCUACACCGUUCGGCCCCGCCCUCCAGUACCGUACCCAUACCAUCGCCGUGAUCUGGGGUUUCUAUUAUGCCAUCCGUUUGCUGCUGAAUCGAAUCCAUCCCUCCAUGCCACCGGCCAUCAUGAUGGCAGCUGGAGUCUCUGCUCCAACGACAGCGGGAUUUGCGCAGAUUGUUGGGAAGAUCAUGGCAGGUGUCUACUACCCACAACGCUUUAACCUUGAAGCUGGAAGCUUAAGUCCGAAUUUGGGUUCUUCGUUGACUGAUAUGUCGGUGCCGCUGUUUUUUGCAGCUGUGCAAUAUACUGAUCCCAUGCAGCGAACCUGGACGAUUUCAAAACUUCGCGACAUCUCUCGCCUAAGUGGGUGGAAGAGCGCGGAGGCUAUCGCAGGUGGCUGUGAGAAAGCAUGGAUAGUCGCUGCAAAACAAGGUCGUGGGCCACCCUAUCAACGGUCAUUUGAGACUGACCGAGAACGAGAAAGGAAACAAGAGCGUGAGACUGAGGCUGUGCUGCAAGAGGUUGAAGAUCGUCGAUUUGUGACAGUCAAGUUGGAUCGAGCGCAUUGGGCUAUGGGAAUCUUGGAAGAGCACAUUGCAAAUUUGGAGCUUUAG